GCUGUCUAGCAGGAUCGCCACACUCAACGCCCGGAGUUCCUGCCGGUUGGAUGGAAGGCCGAGGGUCGGAGGUGGCAAACCCGGCUGUGACUCGUUCGUGAGCGCGCCCUUGAGGCGUGCCUCGGGAAGGGGAAGAUGAAGUGCAUCCUGGUUGCCAGUGAGAGUGCAGAAGUUCUGUUCUAUUGGGCUGACCCGGAUUUCCUUACAAGCUUGCACCAGCGCUUUGGGACCCAUGGGCAAAGUGGCGAUGAGCUUCCGGCUUUAGAGGACAGCAUCAACACGCUCUUUGCCCCUGUGAUCAUCUCCUGCAUGACACUACUUGAGAAACUGGGGGAUACCUAUACUUGCUUCUCUGCUGAAAAUGGCAAACAUCUCUAUGUGUUGCAUAUGUUUGGUGAGUGCCUGUACAUUUCAGUGAAUGGUGAUGGGUCUGAAAGCGAAGAUGACUUGCGCCGAAAACUCUACGUGCUCUGGAGAUUGACUGAGGCACAUUUUGGCCUGGUCACACUGGACAGCCACCUCAUCCGCCGGGAGCUGCGGCCGGUGGACUCUGAGCAGCGGGCUCGUGUCUGGAGACUGUUUCAGAGCCUGCUGGAAACCUAUAGCCAGCUGUGCCAGCAGGACCAGAGCUUCCUUGUGGAGGCUGUGGAGCGACUGAUCCAUCCGCAGCUGUGUGAACAGUGCAUAGAGUUCUUGGAGCGCCAGGUUGUGCAGCACAUCAAUGGCAGUGUGGAGCGUGCUGGACAUGAAGUGGUGCAUGCCUUCCUGCUGGUGCACACCAAGCUGCUUGCCUUUUACUCAAGCCGGAAUGCCAGUUCCCUGCGGCCUGCUGACUUGCUCACCCUCCUCCUGAUUGUGCAGGAUCUGUACCCCAGCAGCACUUCUGAGGAGCAAAAUGGCCUCCAGGUACCUGCCCAGCUUUCAGAGGGUAAGCCAAGUCCUCAGCAAUCUCAUAGCAGCAGGAGUAUCCCAGUGAAGAGCCCUUGUCCCAGUGGAGCAUCUCAGGAACAGGUAGCAGAUGAUGUCUCUAUGCCCGAGGAGUUCUACACCCCCAAGGCUUCCCCUAGCCAACAGAGUACUGGGAGUGCUGCCUGGUCUGAGGGUGUGGCUGUGCAGGGCGAGGGAGAGGCGAGUUCUGCUGACGUUCAGAUAGCUGAAGAUUCGCUGCAGACACUGAUGCCCCCAACAUCUGAAGCUACCAACCCACGAAGAAUUUUUCUGGAUGCUAACUUGAAGGAAGGAUAUUGCCCCAUGAUGCCUCACAUGAUGCAUUGCCUACCCCUCUGGCCAGGGAUCACACUGGUGCUCCUUACUAAGGGCCCCAGUUCCCAUGUGGCACUUUCCCUUUAUCAGCUGCUGGAUGGAUUCCUGGUGGUGGAGAAGAAACUAAGAGAGGGGCAGGAGAUCGGGCAGCCCCUCCGUUCUUAUCCACUCCUGCUGGAGAUUCGACAUCGAAUGGACAAGUUUGUCAAGAAGCUGGGUGGGCAAGAGCCACAGUUGCAGAAUGCCUGGCUGGAAUUUAAGAACAGGAUUUUUUCUCGAAGUGAGGCUUUGAAUCACUGCGAGAUUCUGCAGGCAUUUUGCAGCAUCAGGCGGCAGCUCUGUGCGGUGUAUCGGCUUCUCUUUCUUGGAUCCUCAGGAGCCCAUGGCCUGCCUCAGAGCAUGCUGGACCGAGCACAGCAGUUCACACAGGACAAGCUUCGAGACUGGAAGGAUUUCCUACUGGUGAAGAGCAAGCGUAACGUCACAGUGGUGUCAUAUCUGGAGGAUUUCCCAGGUCUUGUGCAUUUUAUCUACGUGGACCGGACAGUGGGGCAGAUGGUGGCACCGUCACUUGGCGUGGCUGAGGACUCUGCUUUUGAGCUAGGCAAGGGGCCUCUCCCUGCAUUUAUUAAGGACAAGGUGUGGUCACUGAUGGCAUUGUCUCGAAGCUACUUGCAGAAGGGCUACACCAUGGUGACGCUGCGGGAUGGAGACUACUAUUGCACCUACUUCCUUUGGUUUGAGAAUGAGCUGGGCUGCAAACUGGAGGUAACGGAAGUGCCGGUGCUUUCUGAUGAUUCAGCCCCCAUUGGGACACUGGCAGGUGACUACUACAGGAAGCUUAUCCGUUACUACAGCAAGAGUCAUAUAGGUGAAGUGGUGAAGUGCUAUGAGCUGCUGACCAUCCAUCUGGGCAUCAUGCCUACAGAGCUUGUGAUCCAGCAGGGAUGUGACUUAGCACGGCAACUCUGGGAGCCAACCCGCAUCCCCCUUCUUUAAAGGCCUUGGUUGUUGCUCCACUGUGCUCUGGACCUCAGGUCUGGGCUUUCCCUGCACAUCCAUUCGGCAGAACGGGCAGACCAAUCUGUUCUCCAUCCCUGCUGUAAAGAAUUGGAUACUCUUGCUGUGGAGGGCGAUAGCUUGACCCUGCACAUUGAAACCAUUGGGACCAAAUUGCUUUUGCGGCAAUACUGACUUGGCCUGGGGACUGUGUGUGAAAUCAUCUUCUCCUUGUGCAUACGUUAAGACAUCCUCCUCCAUCUGUAUGAGCUGAAAUAAUGGUCUGUCUGUCCUAUCUGUUGCAAUCAGCUGCACUGAAGCGGCAAGGAAUCGCCAUGAGCUCGGCUUUUCUUGUGAUCAUGAAAGGGUUUGUGGGACUAGACUUUGAGAGCUGGUCUCUGGCUAGACUUGGGCAAUAUCAGGCUUGCCUUGCCUCUGGGUGUUGGUUGCUUUUAAGGAGUCUCAUCUGCUCACAGUGGAUGAGGAGUCUGUGGCCGCAACAUUAAAACCCCUCAACUAUUGAAACUUUUAAGAGUCGUAACUGAGUGAUCCUGUAGGCUUGAACCCUUCCAAAUAAUGUAGAAAGAUGUGAUCCUGAAAUAAAACAGGAAGGAACAGGAGAGCACUUCAGACUUUUCCAGAAAUUGGUUUUGUGCAUAUACUUCCUAUGGUGAAGCAGCACACAGCUCAUUCAUUUCAGGUAAUGUGCCUAUGGAAAGCAGCCUUGUAACAUGCUUACUUAUGGGCACAGUUAGAAGCACUCACGUGUACCAGAAUUCCUGAACUGGGUGUACACAUGCUGAGCUACCCCCAGUAGUAAGGGAUGUCUGUUAAAAUAAGCAUGUGUUGAUUAAAAAAUUAAAACAAUGGUUCCAGGAACUUAUAAAAUCAGUAACUUUUUUAAAAAUGGAAUAAGUUAAAUGUUUCAUGAGCGCGCUGAAUAAUAACCAUUAAAUUGAAUUGCUAUUUUAUUUUGGCACUCUAUUUCCAUAAAAAAUUCACUGUUAAAAAUAGGUCCUUUUAAUCUUGGGAAAGAAGAAGUAUAGAUUAUAAAAUUUUGCAAAGAAUAACAGGGUAUUUAUAUACACUUGCAUUAAAUAUACAUAUUCCAAUGUAUAUUUAUGUUAUAAAGCAUCACAAAAGCUAUAAUGUAAUAAAAUUGUGGGGAGUAAUUAAGAUUCACACUCAGUUUCAAAAAAGAAACAGCAGGCUAUAUCUUUUGCAAGCUCUAUUGUGAAUCAGGAAACCAUCUAGUGGCAACUCUGUACCCAAGGACAGUGCUUGGGACUCUUUAAGAGAGGGCAAGCAGAUACAUUUGGGCAUGUGAUCAUAUUGGGCAAUAGAGGUUCAAAACACUAUUUAACCCCACUAUUUAAAUCAGCCACCUUAAGAAAAUGGGUAAGGAACAACUGAAAACUCUAGUAGGUAGAAAGAAGAAAAUAUUGCAGAAAAACUGUUAAAGUAAUAUGUACAGUUAGGUUCAGAGAUGAAAGAAACAAGGAGCAGAAAGACAGGGUGGGCAGUAAAUAGGUUGUUGGACCUCAAAUCACCCCCCUCAGCUCUGAAACUCACCGGGCAACACCGGGCCAAUCGUUCUCUCUCAGCCCAGUCUACAUCACAGAGAUGUUUGGAUAAAAAAACUGAUGUGAGCAGUCAUGAGUUUCUUGGCAGAAGGAUGGGAUGUAAAUAUAAUGCAAUAAAUAAAUAAAUGGAAGUACUAUAAUUUUACUAUAUAAUAUGAUAUACUGUAUGAUACAAAAUGCUGUUACUUUUAAUAUGAAUUACUGUUGUAUACGUUUAUAUGUUA